AUAAACACUGUUCAGAUAAUCCACUUCUUUUAAAUUAGCAUUUAAAAAAUUAUUAUUCAUAUUUUAAAAAACACGGCAUUGAUUAGAGUCCGGUGUUUAUUUCUACAAAUCACACUCUUCACACUGCAUUAUCUCCUUUUAUGGUCACUCGACCCCUCCAAUGUAAAAGCCUGUCUUAUGGCUGAAUCUCAAAUAUCCUCGUGCUCCCUAUAUAAGUGCACUACAUAUUGCAUAAGAAUAACGGCUAAUCCCUUAAAAUGGCUGCUAUACAGCUAGGGCGGAAGUGUGCGGUUUGGAACACCACCAGCACUUUACGUCGGAAGUCACUUGUAAAUACGACAUGACUAAUAAAUGAAUAAUUAAAGCAAAAACAACAACCAGUAAAUAUAUGAAUAAAACUCCUCAGGUAUAAAAAUACAUAAAUGAACCGAAAAUAAUAUCGCAUUUUAAACCAGUCAGAAAAAUAUAACGCAUCCGAAUACACGAUCGCAAUGUUUUCCUGGAACAGCCAAUCAUAAUGCGCAGUCGCUUUGUUUAAGGCGGGACAAACGAACUCGUUGAGCCAAUCGAAUUCUUAGGAUAGAUCUUAGAGUCGAGAGAAGGAGCUGUUAGGUUUGGUUGCGCCCAGCUAUCAAGUAGGAGAAGACUGACAGCAGGAGCUUUUUGGAUUCAUUUCAGAAGGAUCUUCCCUCGUAACCGAGCCAGAAGAUGGGCAAGAAGAGUCGAGUGAAGACUCAGAAAUCCGGGACGGGCGGGACAGCCACGGUGUCCCCCAAAGAGAUGAUGAACCUGAUCUCCGAGCUCCUACAGAAAUGCAGCGGUGCAGCUCCGUCUCCAGGAAAGGAGUGGGAUGAGUACGUCCAGAUCCGCACCCUGGUGGAGAAAAUCCGCAAGAAACAGAAAGGAGUGUCCGUGGGGUUCGAGGGCAGUAGGGAGGAUUAUUUUCCCGAGCUCAUGGCCUGGGCAGCAGAAUGUGGCGCGUCCUGCGAGGGCUUCGAGAUCGCCAGCUUUGGAGAUGAAGGAUACGGGCUCAGAGCCACCAGAGACAUCAAGGCCGAAGAGCUGUUUCUGUGGAUUCCCAGGAAGAUGCUGAUGACCGUGGAAUCGGCUAAAAACUCCGUCCUGGGUCCUCUGUACGGUCAGGACCGGAUCCUGCAGGCCAUGGGCAACGUGACUCUGGCCCUGCACCUGCUGUGUGAGAGGGCGAACCCGGAGUCCCCCUGGCUGCCCUACAUCAAAACCCUGCCCACUCACUACGACACGCCUUUAUACUUCGAGGAGGAGGAAGUGCGCCACCUGCUGGCCACUCAGGCCAUUCAGGACGUGUUGAGCCAGUACAAGAACACGGCGCGCCAGUACGCCUACUUCUACAAAGUCAUCCACACUCAUCCCAACGCCAGCAAACUGCCCCUGAAGGAUGCGUUCACCUUUGACGACUACAGGUGGGCCGUAUCAUCUGUGAUGACCCGUCAGAACCAGAUCCCUACAGAGGACGGCAGUCGGGUCACGCUGGCUCUCAUCCCACUCUGGGACAUGUGUAAUCACACCAACGGCCUGAUUACGACCGGUUACAACCUGGAAGAUGACCGAUGUGAGUGUGUUGCUCUGCACGACUAUAAAGAGAGCGAGCAGAUCUACAUAUUCUACGGUACGAGGUCCAACGCAGAGUUCGUCAUCCACAGCGGCUUCUUCUUCGAGGACAACGCGCACGACCGCGUGAAGAUCAAACUGGGUGUCAGUAAGAGCGAGAGGCUGUACGCCAUGAAGGCCGAGGUGCUGGCUCGCGCUGGGAUCCCGGCGUCGAGCGUUUUCGCCCUGCACUGCAGCGAGCCGCCCAUUUCAGCCCAGCUCCUGGCCUUCCUGCGCGUCUUCUGCAUGACCGAAGAGGAACUCCGGGACUACUUGGUGGGUGACCACGCCAUCAACAAGAUCUUCACGCUGGGGAACGCGGAGUUCCCCGUCAGCUGGGAGAACGAGAUCAAGCUGUGGACGUUCCUGGAGACGAGAGCCGCGCUGCUCCUCAAGACCUACAAAUCCACGUCAGAGGAGGACGGCGCCAUGCUGCAGAAACCCGACCUCUCUCCGCACUCGCGCAUGGCCGUAAAGCUGCGCCGGGCCGAGAAGGAGAUCCUGGAGCGUGCCGAGGCCAGCGGCCGCGGCAAGCGCCUGCACUUCCAGAAGCAGCUGGACGACGGCGCUCCUCUGCCCGUGUACGAGGAGAGCGACAUAGCGCUGCUGGAGAACACCGACGCCAAGCUGCCCAUCGUCCUGCACCAGCUGGAGGAGGAAGAAGAGGACGAAGCGCUGAAGACGCCGCUUCUUAACGGCGAACGGAAGGAGAAACGGGGGGAGACCGGAGGAGAGAAAGCCGAGCCGAGCGCGCAAAGAACUGAGGAUACGUGCAAAGAUCCCGAAUAAAGUUCGGCACAAUCUUUAUUUAUUUUUGUUUUGCUUUAAGUGACUGAUUAAUAGAAGUGAAAGCAAUCGAAACUAAAACAGCAGUCUGUGUUACUUACUUAGUUUUGUUUUUUUUUUUUUUUUAAAUAUAGAUAAGAUAUAAAAUGUUCUGCUGUUCCGUCCCAUGUUUAAGUUUUAACAGUGCCACACUGGUUUAUAUAAAUAUAUUUUUUGUGUAUUUGAAGUAGGUGGCUCCUCCCACUCAGGAGGAGGAGGGGGAGGGGGGGGGAAAGACUCUGAGAACGUCGUAAUCGGACCUAUGGAUCUGGUUUUCAGGAUUCAGUAAGACUUGGUUAACUCGGUCAGACGUGUGUUUAUUGCUCCUCAAGGAGGCUGGCAUUUACUUAAAGAAAUGUUCAGCCUUUUUGUUUUGUUUUAAAUGUACACAAUGUUUCCCUUUACCUGAAAUGUAGCAUGAUUAGUGUUUGGAGCAGUGAGGCAAGCUUAUAUCCACGAGGUUAAGGUCAUUACAAAACAAACGCUUAACCAUUUCAAACUCCACCUCGUUUAAAUAAAUAAGUUUAGUUUUUGAAGUUUUAAGGGUAAAGUGUAUGGAAAAGUCGUGUACAAAACUCCCGCAGUCUUUAGUGGCUAUCUACUAUGCCCCUUUUUUAUCACCAAACAAAUACAACAUAGACUCUCGAUACAAUAAAAGAUUAUGAAAUACAUCUCUUCACGUACAUACUGAAUAUUAAAAUCGAUUUGUUAACGCACGUCUAUGUACACUCUGUAAAACUAACCGCAAAUAUGUUGUAAACCGUGCGUCCUUUCCCUUUCAGUAACACCCCUCCCCCCCCCCCCCCCCCCCCGGUGUCUUUAUAGCUGAAAAAGCAGGAAAGCGUUUUGUUUCAUUGCCAAUUCAGCUCAACCGUAUUGUAUUGUAACUUGUAUUACUUGUUCGCUACAUUAUCCUUGCAGCUCAGGUUCAAAACUAACGACCCAAACGUCUAACACUAAACACGUCUUCGCGAAUCAGCUACAUUUGGUACAAGUGAAAAAUCGUGUACGUUUAUCCUCCUUUUUUUUUGCACAAAACUAUUACUUCUGUUAACGUGUUAGACAAUCGCUUUUCUUUUUUGAACGUUCUGGAUCCUGCUUUGCUUCCUGGAUUAAUCGUGAUCUGAGGAGUCCUGGUCUUUUCAGUAGGACGUUUAUCCGAGGAGGAGGAAGAAAAGAAGAAGAAGCUGAGGAUAUUUUUGGUGUGGUUGCACUUUAGGAACAGUCAGAGUGUGUGUGUGUGUAUAUAUUUUUUUCCUCUCUGUUCGGAUUGUUUGACAUACUGUGAUUGAACCUUACGAAGGUUUAGGGAUUACUUUAGAAUGACUGAAGUAGUCUUGCUGUGAGCGUAGUUCGAAUCGCCUCGUCGUUCUGAAUAGAUCUCGUUAACGAAUAGUUUCCUCGUGACGCUCGGGCCAGAGGACAGAAUAACUUCUUCCACGUUUAUAAAACGUCGCCGUUAUCAGUUUGUUUACAUCACAAGCCAAACUCAUCACAUCUCUAAUGUCUGUGGUUCUCUUUAAGCCUUAAAAACAGUUUCCUGUGCAGGACUUCAGCACACUUUAAAAGUUCCAAAACUAGAGGGGUUCUUUUUUGUUUGUUUUUUUUUCCCUUCUUACAGUUGUUCUCAUUAAUAAUUUUAUAUAGUGCAUCUCAUGCAUUUAAAACGCAGCUCAAAUAUAGUGCUUUACAGUAUCUAUCAAACACGUGUUAUAAAAAUAAGUGAAUAUACUAAAGUUUCAUUUACCAAAUCAGUUUCACUUUGAGUUAAAAAAUAAAUAAAUUAAACGCUAAAAGUGAAAGGACGUGUUUUGAGCUGCUUUUUAAACGUUACGGCUGGAGCCUGAUGAAUGUUGAUGGAUCACAAAUUCCAGAUGUACGGGAAUGUUUUUCUUUGGUUCUUAUAGCCUGUAUGACACGCAGAGAUGUACGGAUAACGUAAGCUUUAAACACAAUAAAAGACUUCUUGAAACCUGGUGUGGGCGUGGUUGAUGAACGCUGAGCUGGACCUUCUGUACCGCAGAAUACGUGGAUCUGGGGGGGGAGGGGGAGAGAAAACAAACAAGGCAGAUUAACAUCAUCAUAUUUAAAGCUGUACUUGUUAAAAUGUCAUUUUAUUAACCUACACAUCGUCUUUUUUUUUUUUUUUCCCCUUCUUCCAUCGCCUUGCUUUGAUCAGCUAUUGUUCAUAAUUCUCGAUUCUGAUUGGUCGGAUGUUGAUUCGUUUUUCUGGAAGUGCAGCUACGACUCCCUCGCUUACUGAUGCGCUCGUUCACAGAGACCUGUAAUCUAACACUAAUAAUAAGCGCAUUUAAAAAUGUUAUUUGACAAAAUAAACACGUAAUUGUUGAUAUUUCAAGGUUUUUCUUUUCGGUAACAUGACAUGCUGUCGUCUUAACUUCACGAGGAGGGCGUGGGGGGGAAAAAAAAAAGUAAUGCCAGUGAGAUUUCCCAAGCAUAAGCGUAAGAAAAUAUUUUACUUUAACCGUGUCAUGUCUUAGCACAGCCCAACUCCUUACUUAUUCCACAGCAGGUUGAAUGCUCAAAUCUGAUUGGUCAGAAGGUGUGCGUUACUUUCAUAACACGGCACCGGUAGUUCCGGCUGUAACGUGAAGCGGGGUUAAGAUGAACGCGCUCGUUGUAAUACGUCAUCGUUGCUAUAGUAACGGCUCAUACCCAGGAACUUAUACGGUGCACGCUCCGCAUAACCUAAGCCUAAUGAUAAAUAAACGUUAAAGUAUAACCGUUCAAUCUUAAAUGUAGCUUCAAUCUGCUCAUUGUGCCACCCAGCUAGCUUUAACUUCCUGCGUUGUUUCGCUUUUGACGAUUUUUAGUCAAAACGGGUCGUGUUUACGUUAACGCUGUUAGAAGACUCCUUAAUCUAUACCUCUACUCUCUCAAAAUCCUUCAUCUCUCCAUGAACAUCUCAUUGCUGGAUUCCAUCAGGACUAUGGAGAAACCUCUUGGGGGAAACUCACACUCUCUCUCGAACAGAUUAAAAUCCCCCGCCGUUUUCACCUGAAGACGUUAAGGUCCUCCGCUACACCGUCUGUCGUUUUGACGGUGACGUAAGGUCACGGGUCCGUUGUCUUCCUCCAGUGAUGAGAACAAGGCUUUGGGUUUUACCUAAUGUAUUUUUUUUUUUUUUUUUUUGCCCCUUACCACCAUUACAAAUUUAUAAAAGAAACAUUAUCUUGAAUCAUUUAAUUCGGGGCAAUUAAAUUAUGAAAUACGGCAUUCAUUAUUCAUGGGCUUGGAGAUAAAAAACCCCCUUUAAUCCUUGAAUAGAUUAUUAUAAUGGGCAGGAGGGUGGGCAGUGGUAAACGGGGGCAGCGCCGCACUUGUCCGGUGUGGUUAGGAGUGCUCGCGUCACAUCUGAGAGCAGGAGUGCGCGCUGCCUCCUCGGCCUGCGCCAAAGUAAUCCGGCUCAUGAAUAAAACACCCGCUCUAUUAAUAUACACUGCAUACGAGUGCAUUUGAACGGAAACCCUAUUGUCAUGCACGUAUUUACCAAUAUGUCCGAGAACGCAAAGCUGUCGGGACGG